GUUAAAAAAAAAAAAAAAAAAAAAAACCACAAAUAGGCGCUCUCUCUGCCUUCUGGGUUGUUCGGCAGACAGAUGUUCUACUCCUCCGCAUUCCAGAAGCUCUACAUCAUGGCAGCCAAACCCCAUCGCUUCCGUCAAAUUGCAGAUACUACUCUUCAGAGCGCCGCAAAAAGACCCAGAUCAGUUUCCACAGACUGUUCCAUGAAGGACGCUUUCGCCAAAUACGCAGACUACCUCAAUGGACUUAAUGACAAACGAGAAAGGGUGGUAAAAGCAAGUCGAGAUAUCACCAUUAAUAGCAAAAAGGUCAUAUUUCAGGUGCACAGGAUCAGUAAGGACAACAGAGAGGAAGUUCUGGAGAAGGCGGAAAAGGAUCUAGCAGCUGUGACAGAUCAGUAUAUAUCCCGGCUGGUAAAAGAACUGCAAGGGACUGAUUUCUGGAAGCUAAGACGAGCAUACUCUCCUGGGGUACAAGAAUAUGUUGAAGCUGCAACACUAUUUAAAUUCUGCAAAACUGGGACUCUUUUGAAUCUUGAUGAGAUUAAUGCCACUUUAUUACCGCUAAGUGAUCCAUCAAUUGAGCCUUUGCAGAUUAAUGUCCUCGACUAUCUGCUAGGGCUCGCGGACUUGACAGGUGAGUUGAUGAGAUUGGCGAUUGGUCGAAUAUCAGAUGGCGAACUUGAAUUUGCUGAGAAGAUAUGCAGAUUUGUACGUAAUAUCCACAGGGAGUUGACCCUUCUAGCACCGAAUAUGGAUGACAGUUCUGAGAUGAAGACAAAGAUGGAUACGAUGCUACAAAGUGUAGUUAAAAUAGAAAAUGCUUGCUUUAGCGUCCAUGUCAGAGGAUCAGAGUAUAUCCCACUUCUUGGUUCUGCCGAUAACGGUUACUCCUUACUGGGGGUGACUGACCUUGAAUGAUGAUUCUUCUUAUCUGGAAAAAAGGAGGAAAGCUCUCUGGUUUUAUCAAUCAGAAAGCCAGACGCCUUGUGCACCCACUUGGGCGCCCAGCAGACGAUACAUUUUGGAACACUUCAAUGAGGGUAACUUGGUGCCUCGAUCUGCAGGUUGGAAAAAAUUAUCAAGCUUUUAAGUACAUCUUUUAUUAGUAAUAUUUAGUGUUGAAGACAGAACAGUUGGGCUUGAAUUGAAAUGCCGUGGUUGAAAGUUUUUGAAGUAAUUUUUAUUGUGGUUUUAGUAUGUUUCUUUGAAUUUGGUUACAACAUCAAAUAGUAUAUACAUCUCAAGUUAUUAACUUUUGAUUGUUGUUUCAAUAUUAUGAUGUAUAACCUUGUGGACUGUUUCUGA